GGCAUCGAAACGCGUCGAAACGCGAGGCGGCCGGAUCGGACUGACUCGCGAAAAUCGAUCGGCGCCCCGUCGCGUCGUCGUACUCUCUCUCUCUCUCUCUCUCUCUCUUUCUCCCUCGCGGGUGUUACAGAGCGGCGUGCAGAGCGCACGCGACAGCACGCGUCGCGAGAAAUCGUCGUCCUCGUCGUGAAAUUCGGAGGAAGUGGAAAACCGGCCGGACGAGGGCCACGCGAGGGAGAGGCGGGAGACUCCUCUCUCUCUCUCUCUCUCUCUCUCUCUCUCUUCCGUUCUCGCGAAAAAGCGAGACCGGCUCGGCCGCGAGAGAGAGAAUCGCGGGGCAGAAGAGAAGAGGGAGAGACACGGAAGGAGAGACAGUGGGUUCAAUCGCCCCGUCGAUGCCGGCCCGCGAUCGUUCUCGAGACCGAGCGACGAGGGUGUUUCUUGCCGUUCCCGUGAGUGCGAGAUUCCGCUGGAAAAACGCCGGAAGGCAGGACGACGUCGAUGGGGAUGUCGGGAUUCGUCGAGCGACCGGUGCCCGGUGGUAGAGCUCGCUCGCCAGGUGCGCGUGUGUGAUCGUUAGCUUUGAUCAAUUGGCGUUCGCGAGCUCGAAAUUUGGCGAGGAGAGGAUCACUUGAGAGACCUCCGACGAAAGGCGGAAGCGUGCGAACGAUCGGCUUGUGUAUGUGUGUGCGUACUGUGUGCGUGACUGUGCGUGUCCACCGCGACGAAUCGUCGUCGAGCUAUCAAUUGCUGGCCGAGUGAAAGGUGAACCGAUUGAUACCGUUGAAGAGCCGCGAGCCAAGCGGCUCGCGAAAUUUCACGGGGGAUUUCAUCGACCGGAGGGAGAGAAAGAGAAAGCGCCGAGUCUCGCGGGGAGAGCAGAGAGGAGCGAGGAUGAACGGCGGCGCGCAACUGUCUGUUUCCACUACGGGGAGAUCGGCCUGCGCUGUUAAGUAGAGAAAGAAACGUGUUUCCGCCACACCGCCGACAUCACCUCGUAUACGUUUCCCGCUCCAGUUACUAGCCUCUCUCCCUCUCUCUCCCUCGCUCGCUCUUUUUCUUUUUUCCUCCUCCCUUUCAUCGCCGGAAACACGUCCGAAAUAAUAUAAGAAAUGAUUGAUCGCGACGGAAAUUGAAGACGAGCGAUAACAACGGAAGUAUCGUGGGAAUUGCAAGCGCACAACUCUCUCUCUCUCUCUCUCUCACUCUCUCUCUUUCUUUCUUUCUCUCUCCCUCUCUCACUCUCUCGCACGCAGUUUGUCGGCCGACCGAUCUGUCAUCGCCAUUGUCGAAUCGUCUAACGAGGUGGCCUCUCCAUGGGCUCUUAGAAUCCCAGAAGGACGAUAAUCCCCCGCGGAGGAAGAAAGGCGGUGGUGAGCUUUCUCGUCGGACGAGAGGAACGCGUUGCGCCAUUUCAGAGUCCACGGGAAUUAUCGACAGUAGCCGCGCGUCGGAUGUUUUCGAAUGUCCAUCUUUAUUUGAGCCGCCGCCGCCGCCGCCGCAGCGCACGUCCACAUUUCUGACGCGUGACAGUGAAUAAUAAUGCGAAGUCCCGCGUGAUUUUUUCCCCCGCUACCCCCCUCUCUCACUCCCUCUGAGAGAAAGGCAAGAGCGACGGAGCGACCGGGGCUCGAUCGAAUCGACGUAUUCGACGGAUAUAACAAAUCGCAGCGAGGGAGAGAGAAAGAGAGGAAGGAGUGAGAGGGUGAGAAUCGCGUGAAAAUUAUUGGUGAAUCGGCGGGCGAAGAGACCGCGCAGGCAGAAACUGAAAUAUCAAAGAAGAAGCGGUCGAUGGGACCGGUAGAUAUGUGAUCGUAAGGUAAUGAAAGACGAGGAGCGCGAAGUUGAAUGCGACCGACGAGGCCGGAGAAGAGUGCGACCAUCGAGGGAACGUGAUCGAAGACUUUGUCGAGCGGUGACCACGUGAUAGGGAAGCGAUCGAAUAUCCGCUGGCCAUUCUCGAUGCCGGCGCGCGUUUGAAAACGACGAUACUUUAACAACGAGGGAGCGAAGAUCGCAAGAUAGAAGAUCGCGGGAGGGAGGAUAAAUACAGCGACAACAACAAUCACCGCGACGCAAAACUCGAAGACGCUUGGAUCGGUGGGGCCGCCUAUGCGAAGGAUUCGCGCUCGGCUCGGUACAUCCUGCGUUCCUGCUUCUCCUGCGACCUGCGGAGGAUCGCGGCGGGCGGGCCUGCACGCAGCUGACUCGGCGCUCGGAGCGAGCCGAAAGACGACGGGCUCCUCUCACCGUGGAAUGACAAUAAGGGGGUGCCGCACCGACGGGGUGGUAUUAUGCGGGGUACGGAUUUGAGCGUACCGAAGUGCCCGGCGAAGGUGUCGCCCUUCGGAAUGGCACUCGGGACACUGGCCGAGAUAGCGGUGAGACUCGUGAUCGGCGGCUAUAUAUUCGCCGUGGUUGUCUACGUGAACGCCAGCGACAACUGGGAUAAGGACGAUGACAUAGUGUCCACGUCUAAAGUCAGCGCCGUACUUGGUCGUACUGCCACUUUGCCUUGCGACAUCGAGCCGUCCACGCGAGAAGAUCGCGUCUACAUGGUGCUUUGGUUCCGCGAUUACGAGAAAAAUCCCAUUUACAGCUUCGACGUGCGGGGACGGGCUUUCAACAAGGCCCUGAACUGGUCGGACAGUACCGCGGUGGGGCCCAGGGCGUACUUCGUCACCGUGACGAAGCCGGCCGCCCUCUCGUUGGAGGCGGUCCAGCUGGACGACGAGGGUAUUUACAGAUGCCGGGUGGACUUUAAGAACUCCCCGACGAAGAACUUCCAAGUGAAUCUCACGGUGAUAGUACCACCACACCAGCUGCUCAUUUAUGAUCACUCCGGAGUGCAGCUGGAGAACACCGCCGGGCCGUUCGAAGUCGGCGAGGAGUUCGGGCUGUCCUGCGAAGUGAGAGGAGGCAAACCUACGCCGGUGGUGAGCUGGCUGGUGAACGGCGAGGAGGUGGACGGCAGGCUCGAGGAGUUCGGCCAGAACAUCGUCGUCAGCAAAUUGACCGUGCCGCAGCUGCGAAGGGAGCACCGCGACACCACGUACAAAUGCCGGGCGGCCAACACGCAUCUAAUACCGCCGUUGGAGAAGACGGUGAUCCUCGACGUUUAUCUGAAACCACUUAUCGUGAAAAUACUGUCCAAACUAACGAUCCUGGAGACGGAGAAGGAUUACUCCAUCACUUGCGAGGCGACAGGAUCGCAUCCUCGCGCUCGCAUCAUCUGGCUUGAAGGAAACACUACGUUUCGUAGCGGCAAGGUAAUGGAGAGCGGUAACGCCUCGGUGGUUCUGAGCACGCUGAUAUUCUCACCCGUCCCGGACGAUCACGGCAAAAUGCUGAAGUGCCGGGGCAUAAAUUCCGCUCUGAAGAACGCGUUCUUGGAAGACCAGUUGAAGCUGAACGUCGUCUUUCCGCCUAAAGUGCAGCUGCAUCUGGGCAGCACCCUGAACGCGGAAAACAUAAAGGAGGGCGACGACGUGUACUUCGAGUGCAAAGUGCGGGCCAAUCCGGAACAUCACAAAAUCACCUGGCGACACAACGGCGCGGUGCUCACGCAGAACUAUUCGGCCGGCAUCAUCAUGAGCACCCAGAGUCUGGUGCUGCAGAGUAUAGGUCGCGACAACGCGGGCAAUUACACGUGCCUGGCCAGCAACGAUCGCGGGGAAACGACGAGUCCUAUCGUGACCCUGAGAGUGCAGUUCGCGCCGGUUUGCAAGAUGAAGGAAGUGACGAUCAUCGGAGCUUCGCUGGAGGAGUCCGUGAAAGUGCGUUGCGAGGUGGACGCCGACCCGAGCGAGGUCGACUUCGUCUGGGAGUUCAACAACAGCGGCGAGAAUUUCGAGGUUGCGCCGGCCAAGUUCGACGGCAACAACGGCACGAUGAGCGAGCUCGUCUACACUCCGGAGUCCGAGAGGGAUUACGGCGCUUUGACCUGCUGGGGUAGAAACGCGAUAGGGAAGCAGGAAGCGCCCUGUAUCUAUCAGGUCAUUCCGGCAGUGAAACCGAAUCCGCUGAACAACUGCACGAUCAAGGCCUCGCUGAAUCAGAGCGCGGAGAUCUUGGAGGUGGAGUGCGUGCCGGGCUACGACGGUGGACUUCACCAGGAGUUCCGGCUGGAGGCUUACGAGGUGCUGACCGGCAACCUCCGGGUGAACGCGUCCAGCGUGUCGGCCGAUCUGCCAAUCUUCCGGAUCGCCGUGGCGGACCUGCUGCCGGCCACGCACUUCUACCUGGUGACGUACGCCGUGAACGCGAAGGGCCGCAGCGAAGUGUCGCUAUUGGAGGACAUAAUGCUGCGCGACUCGGAGAAACAUACUGACACCGGCGUCAGCAUGCUGCCGCUGAUCCUGCUGCUGAUCGGCUGCCUGAUCGCUUUCGGAGUGACGGUUCUCUCGGUGAUGCUGAUGAUGUAUCGCCGCCGCGGCACCACGUCACCGGUGCACAUCGAGCCGUACAUGAAGCAGCCAAUAAUCACACCACCGGACUCGCGGAACAACUCGAUGCUGGACGUGACCCACGGCGACCACACGUACUUCGUCGAGUACACGUUGAAGCAGGUCACCGAUUACGCGCUCAAUAAUCAGCCGGAUAUCAUACAGUCGCCGCAAGACCAAGAGAAGAUCAAACGCGAGCCGCAACUGUUCCUGCCGGUGAGACCGGAUACGUUAUUCGCGCCCUACGACAUUCACAAGCAGGGUUUGCAGACGAACAGAUGCAGCUUGAACCCGUUCUCCGCGAAGUCCUGGGAGCCAAUUAGCUUCAAAGCCGAUCGCAAUUUGAUGAAGGAGAUCAUCAUCGCCAAUUCCAUACCCGGUCCCGAGAGCUGCGUGUAAAAACUCGACCGCAAGAGUACAGUGAAUCGAAAGACAUAUGCGCGAAAAAACAAAUAUACAUACAUACGUACAUUCAUACGCAUGCAGUCAGUGGAAAAAUGGUCACGAUACUUGGAACCUCAGUGAACCUCAGAACGUAUCCGGUAUCUAAUAGGAAAAACUUCAACUUCUAGUUGGUUAGUUAGAUGACCCGCCAAAGUUCAAUUAGACUAAUCAGUGAUAAUCGGAAGAACUGCCAACAAAAAUGUCUAGCUAUGUAAUUUGUCAUCUAACAAAUAGUAAAAAAUUAAUAAUUCUGUUAGCUACGUUAGCAAAAUAAAUCGGUUAAUGUUUGAGUAACGGCAAUUUUAAAUUAAGCUGUAAAGUGGAGACAAGACAAGAGAAGAAAUUUCUUGCUCCUUACGAUAACAAAUUAUAUUUCGGUUUCUAUGCCGGCAACUCCAUCUGCUAAGUUAAUUUUAGCAAUCGGCUUCGUCAGAAUUCAGCAAAAGUCGUCCCGAUAAUUACUAAGAAAAGAGCUUCUCCUGUUAGGUGAGGACGCGUCGCGAAACUCGCGUUGAAGAAGAGAAAGGAAACAUGCGAGCCUUUUUCCACUGACCGUAUGCAAGUGUCACACACACACACACACACACGUAAACAUACGUACAUAUCACAGGACGAUCGAUUUUGAAAGCCUGAAGACUAUCGCUUCGCGAUCGAGACCAGAAAGCUGGAUCGCGCGCGCGCGCGUGUAUCAACGCGAAAUCAACGAAUCUCUCACGUCGCUUGUUUCAAACGCGCCGAUGUGGUGACAUAUCACGACGAUAUCGUAGCAGACAUAUCAGCAAUCGUAUCGUAGCAUAUCGUGGCGCGCCGCGCAACCAUCUCCCGAGAUCAACGGUUCCCUGGACCUUUGCCAAAGCGCGAGGAUCGCAUCCCGGGGCCGGACGAGGAGAGGGACAGUUCGCAGAUUGAAGGACGUCGCGAGGGACGAUUUAGUCGCAUAACUUAACCGAACGCUACACAUGGUGUACUAUUCCAAGUUUAAUAUAUUUU